AUGUGUCUUCAAAUCAAUAACAGUCAACAAUUCGAGAAAUUGGAUGCCACCACUGCCAGCAAGAAAAUGUUGUCCUACAGCAUUAAGAAGCUGUUGAAACAAAUUUUCAAAAAUAAAUCACAAAAACUAACACAACUACAAAAGGACGAGGAUUACAUUAAGGAGGGCAAUUUCUUGGAUAGCAAUUGCAACAACACAGCGGAAAUCAAUUUGAAUUUUGUGCAGCAAAACUCAAGUUUAGAGAAGCAAGAAGAGGAAAUCCCCGAACCGAAAGAAGUACAAAUUCCUGAACCCUUGGCCUUCACUCAAUCCUACGAAGUUGAAGAACCAACCGCUCAUCCAUGGGUCAUUAAUCAAUCCUGUGAAGUUGAAGAUUUUGAUUUUUCCGAUUUGAGUGUCGAUGUCCCAGUGCACUUUGUACGCACCGAACAUGGUACCUUCUUUUGGACUUCGAAUAGUGAAAUCCCAGCCGAUAAUGAUUUGGUACAACCCAUGAGCUGUUCCACCAACAAUCAAUUGGCCUAUCAGCAAAGUCGUUGGACUGAGGUCUAA